CAUGAUUCAGCUUUGAUGACAUCAUCACCAGUAUUGUAAAAACGGAGAUCCUAGACAAAGGUGCGUUAGUUGUAUGUGGUUCUUCACUCGCCUCGGCUACAACGUACUGCUAAUCUAAAAGAGGAGAAACAGAAAAAUAUCAGACAAAGAAAAAUGAGAGAAUGCAUAUCAAUCCAUGUUGGUCAGGCAGGCGUCCAGAUUGGCAAUGCAUGCUGGGAACUCUAUUGUUUAGAACACAACAUCCAGCCCAAUGGAACCAUGCAAGAUGAAAAGGCAAUUAUGUCGAGCGGGGACGAGUCUUACAACACAUUUUUCAACGAAACCAGUCAUGGAAAACAUGUACCAAGAGCUAUAUAUGUUGACCUUGAACCAAGUGUUGUAGAUGAAGUGCGUACCGGAUCAUACAGAGAACUUUUCCAUCCAGAACAACUGAUUAGUGGCAAAGAAGAUGCUGCUAACAACUAUGCUAGGGGACACUAUACCGUCGGCAAAGAAAUUGUUGAUUUGGUGCUAGAUAAAAUAAGAAAAAUGGCUGAUAUGUGUACUGGGCUACAAGGUUUCUUAGUCUUUCACAGUUUCGGUGGCGGUACCGGGAGUGGUUUCUCCUCCUUGUUGAUGGAACGGUUGUCUGUUGAUUAUGGAAAGAAAUCUAAGCUGGAGUUUGCUGUAUACCCAGCCCCACAGAUUUCAACAGCCGUUGUAGAACCAUAUAACGCCAUUUUGACCACUCAUACAACAUUGGAACAUUCCGAUUGUGCAUUCAUGGUUGAUAACGAGGCUAUAUAUGAUAUAUGCCGAAGAAAUCUUGAUAUAGAACGUCCGUCCUAUACUAACCUCAACCGACUCAUUGGACAAAUUGUCUCCUCAAUUACUGCGUCUUUACGUUUUGAUGGUGCUCUCAAUGUUGACUUGACUGAAUUUCAGACCAAUUUAGUGCCUUAUCCACGUAUCCAUUUCCCAUUGGUUACUUAUGCACCAAUCAUAUCAGCUGAAAAAGCCUACCAUGAAGCUAUGUCAGUGUCAGAGAUAACAAAUGCCUGUUUCGAGCCAUGCAAUCAAAUGGUCAAAUGUGAUCCACGUCAUGGAAAAUAUAUGGCAUGCUGUAUGUUAUAUCGUGGUGACGUAGUACCAAAAGACGUUAAUGCCGCCAUUGCUACAAUUAAAACCAAACGAUCAAUCCAGUUUGUAGACUGGUGCCCCACUGGUUUUAAAGUAGGAAUCAACUAUCAGCCACCUACCACUGUACCAGGUGGAGAUUUAGCUCAGGUACAAAGAGCCGUCUGUAUGUUAAGCAACACUACCGCCAUAGCCGAGGCGUGGGCGAGAUUGGAUCACAAAUUUGACCUGAUGUAUGCUAAAAGAGCUUUUGUACAUUGGUAUGUUGGUGAAGGAAUGGAGGAAGGCGAAUUCUCUGAAGCAAGAGAAGACAUGGCAGCUUUGGAGAAAGAUUAUGAAGAAGUUGGUGUCGAGUCCACCGACGACGGUGACGAAGCAGAAGAGACAGAAGAAUAUUAAUUAGAUUAAAUAAUUUCAUUACAGGGGAACAAAAUGUUACAAAGAAAAAUGUGCUAUUUUUUAUGUCUUCCUAUUAUUUAAUCAAGUUUUGAUAUGCAUUCAAAAUGUAAUAUAAUUUAUAAACUUUUUUUUGUAAGUGUGCCUUCAUUGUAAAUAUUGAAUUGUGCCAAAUUCUUUAUUGUGUUCACCUUCUGCAUAUAAAAUGUAUUUAUUAAUUUAUUCCUCAAAUAUAAAGUAACGUUUAUAGGAGAAACUUAAUAUUACAAUAGAAUAACAUAAUGUAAAAUGAAUCAGUUAACUGUAUAAGGAAGCAUAGCUGAUGUUUAAAUUUUCUUUUUUCGAAAUACUUGCAUUCGUAAAUGUCGAUAGACGCCACAAAAAUAAAAUUAGGAAUUCAAGGUCCCACAGUACAAUGCUCUUUCUACUAGAUAUUGCUAUUUUAUUACGGUACAAUCCAAUAAAAUGCAGAGCUUAACUUUACAUUGGGGCUAAAAUAACGAUAAACACAAACACCCUUUCUAAGCUUUUUUUUAUUUUGAAAUGAUAAUUUAAUUUUAACGUACCUUAUCCAGACAAACGUCUAAAAGAAUCAUUUACAUUUUUGGAUUUGUUUCUCAAUAUCUAAGAAAAAAAAUAGACUGGAAACAAAUGUUAACAAAUGUCGUAGACCACAACCCCUGCCAUUUAUCCUUUCCAAAAAAAUGAAAUAACAUUGUUUGUAUUUUUGGUUAAUAUCAAGAAUCCGUCCAAUUUACAGUAUAGCGCUCUCAUCUUAUAUUAACUCUGCUUCCCUAUAUAGGUAUACACCUUCAUAUCGUGUGAAAACCAGCUAUUAUUUUGAACAAACGGCGGCUUUCAACGCGUGGUGAAAAUAUGAUAAGAUCUGAUAAAGAAUGUACUUCUUUUAGAAAAAAUACAGGCAGAUUUUUAUGCGAGCAUGCUGGACAUACUUUACCCACAGAAGAAAGGAUAAUAUAAGAAAAACUGCUUAAUGUAAAUAAUCAAUUGUUUUUCCUGAUCACUCAAGGUUAUUGUUUGCUAACUCAAUUGUUUUUUGGGGGGGUAAUGCAAAAGAUGUGAAAGAAAGGGGCUCAAUAUAGUUUUAUUUAGACUUUUGCAAUCUAAGUAACAAUAUUUCUAUGAACUAUUUUAUCAAAGGUAACCUUAUAUGGUAGUGUAAUUUUAUGUGUGAAUGUGCUUUUAUAAAUAGAUUGUGUACAUGGUUGACCAAACAUAAUUGUAGAAUAAUAAUUUAUUUUCUAUUUAUUUAUUUCUUGAGUUAUGAUAAAUAUUUAUAAUUCAUCUCAAACAUAGUAUAUAUCACUAGAGUGUGUGUAUUAGUCUCAUUUAAAAAUGACUAACAUUUCACAACAUUUUGAGUUGAGAGAACAUGUUUGCAUUUGUAUUCUUAAUGGAUUAAAAAUUUUAAA